CACCUUAAGCAGGUUUGCCAACCGCCAUCAAAUAUUAAAGAAGAAGAAGAUGGCAUCCUCUGGAUCGCGUACUUCAGAGGGAUCCUGCGCUAGCCGACCAGAUGCCAUUGAAGUUGGGUAUGCUAACAGUUACUUCAGAUCACAAACCCCAUCUCCAUCCACACUCUCUACCACUCCGUCCCCCUCACAUGCACGAAUGGCACCUGGAGCCACAACACGCCAGUGCAGUGGUUGCAACAAAGUGAUUGGCAAUGCCUCCAAAGAAUGCCAUCACUGCGGGAUGAAGGUUACACAAAAGAAGAACCUGAAGGCCCAAAAAAUUAAAUACAACAAUCAGUGGGCCGCCAAAUUAAAAAAGGGUGGCAAUUUUUGCAAAAUAAUGAAUUCUGUGGACUUGCUUCUUCAUAAGUUGGAAGUCCUGGGUGUCUCCCCAGUGCUGUUUAUAACCAAACAGAAAGGCCGGCAGCGCUCAUCAGGAGUGUUGUUGAAAGACCGUUUUAUGCGAAGUCAUCCCUCACUGCAAGUCAUGCGGCGACUGUAUGACGCUAUUGUCAGAGAAAGUUCCUGUAAGCAGAACUCUACCCAGUCUCUUCCACCUGAUUUUCCAGCAACUCUUCCACCCAGCCUUAACUCUGCCCCUCCCGAUGCUGGCACAUCUGCUCUCACCCCUUCAACACCCCUUUUACUGCCAACUUCUACUCAGACUACAUCCACCUGUAUCAGUCCUACCUCUGCUGUACUCACACCCACCUCUUCUGUGAACACUCCCACUGUAUUCUACAUGCAAACACGGAGGAAUCGGGGAAAAAUUCAAAAUGACCUAACGGAAGUGAAAGAGGAAAGUCAAGAACUGGAUGAAAUGGAGGAGAGACAGUCUUCUAGUUGCUCAGAGACUGAAAACAAUUUCUUACAAAUUAAAAUUGAAGAUACAGAGGAACAAAGAGCAGAAACCAUGUACCACAUAGUACGCUUUCUGGAUUCAGAGGAAGUGGAAGUUGUGCCUGCAAUUUGGGUGAAGGACGAUGUGUGUUUCUGGCCUCCAUACAAGUAUAACAGAAUUCAGAGGGCAAUCAAAAGUGUGGAGCAACCUCAAGAGACUUGGACUCCAUACACAAUCAUAGUGAUGUAUUCUGCAAAUAAUUAUUAUGAAGCACAGAAGAAAAUUCCUCUUCUAGAGCAGCAGUCUGAUGUCCUGUCCGAAGUGGGGAAUGACUCCUUGAAGCCACCAAAAUGGAAAAUCAAACGAAACGCAGACCUGAUUACAUCUGCAGAUGCAACACCGAGUCAAGCAACUUCAACAGCAUGCUUGAGUCCUGAAUGGUGGAGCAAAAUCUCUGUGUCAUCACUAAGGCAAAAUGUACAUUUAUCAGAGCAGCCACAACAACAGACUGCCAAACAAUUGUGGCAAGAGCAAAAUUGUGCCGGACCAUCCCAGGACCAGCUGAACCAAGUGUCAUGGCAACAGCCAGUGUGUGACCAGGAAGAUCCAGAAUCUUCCAUGCACCAGAGACAUGGAAACAUCUUGUGCUGUAAUCCAAUGCUGGGAUCAAUUCUACACGACCUAUUAAAAAAUCAGGAAAUUAUGAAGGAGCAACAAAGGAACCUAAUUAAGAUGGUUCAAGAUCUUCAGAGAAAUAACACGCGGGAGAUCAUAACUGCCAAUGAUCUGGAUCAAAGGCGCCUUCCGGUUGAGGACCUUGCUUCAUUAAUGGCUCUAGAAGAUGACAUCAGAUCCUGUCCAGACACAAGAAGUAAAAUGGUACUUACCCUAGGGUUUUUGGGUGGAGUUGAUGUGAAGGACACUGUCUGGAGAGUCAUGAAGCAAACCAUGAAAAAUGACCUUGCAAAAAUGGUCAACUGGAGAGGUGUGAAUGGAAAGACAUCUUUUCAAAGCCUGGAGCUUAAGAAUGUUGUGAUUGAGGCUGUAAGAAGAAAUCCACAGUGUACUCAGGCAACAGAGUUAGAUGUGGAAAAAGUUAUUAGACGGUGGUUUCAUCUGGCUAGUGAUCGAGAGGGCGGUAGAAAGAGAAGAGAACCUUUACAACAUGUUAAUCCAUAGUACUGAUUUUUAUUUUUAUCUUUUUACACUAUAAACAGACAGAAUACAAACACACAACAUUGAGGCUCAUACAAGAAAGCCUAAAAUAAUUCUUGUUUACCAACAAAAACUAAGGAAAUAUAGUUUACCAACCUGUUAGGUUGUUUUGUUUUUACCUUAAACAAUUAGUACUUUUAUUGCUUGGUUAUGUUGUUUCUGCAGCACAUUCAGUUGUUCCCAUAUAUAUAUAUAUAUAUAUAUAUAUAUAUAUAUAUAUAUAUAUAUGUACACUUAAAUAUUUGACAUAUUUGCAUAUGUUUUACUUAAUCAUUUUUAGUUUGGCUGUUGUGUGGCUGACAGCCAGAUUGUUUCAAUUAAAUGUAAUAAACACUUUCUACAUUCA